AUGUCCUCCACACGCCACAAUGCGUCGGCCACCUCGUCUGAAAGAAAACGCUUGCGCGAUAGACGAGCGCAACAAAACCUCCGAGAGAAACGGGAGAACCGCAUGAGAGCGUUAGAGGACCGGGUGGCCUAUUGCGAGAAGAAUCAUGGCAACGAAUUGAUCCGGGAUUGUAUGCUCACCGUCGAAAGCGUGAGACGUGAGAACGAGCUUCUUCAUGCUCGACAGGAGCACCUCCGUCGCCUGUUUCAGGACUGGGAGGUUCAAGGCAUCGGUGCGACGGGGGUGCAUCGAACCCUGUCCGCUACGUCGAUGACGACCAACUCCUUCCCAGAACCGUGGACACUGACGACAUCGACCUGUAGCCCACGAAGUGAGAUCGCAUUGGUCGAUCCGGCAAUGCAGAAUCUCUCCGGCUGGUCCGUCAAUAGUAUAGAUUCUGCAGGUCUCGGGUCCACUACCGACGGUCUCACAGCACCAUCGAUGACUGCCAGCAUGUGGCCCGUAGGGUCAGAAACUCGAAGCCCACCCUCACCAAUUAUCCAGAUCCCCAUGAUGCCCAGCAUGCACCCCACAUCAGGGUCAGACACCUAUGCCGUGAUUACCCGCAAGGAUUAUACGCAGAUGGCUGCUAGUACUGGGAGUUGGUCUGGGUGGUCAGCUCUGUCCGACACCGUCGCCAAGCUACCUCUUUUGCCGUCCCCGUUCGAACUACUACAUGGCUCAAGACGUAACUGGCUGGCAGACCAGAUCAACCGACUGCUGCGGCGGCUGAGCCUCCGAGAACCUGACCGCCUGGCAUUAAGCUGGACAAUGUAUUCUUUUGUUAGAUGGCGGGGCACCCCUACCCCGGCCACCUUUGCCAACAUGCCAACAUUUCUACAACCCGUGGCAGGACAGAUACGGGAGCAGCAACACCCGGAAUUGAUCUUCUUUUUGUGGCCGCAGCUGCGGGUCAACUAUCUGGAAAGUCGGCCUAGAAUUGAUAUUAUAGAGCUCUAUAGAUAUGCGAUCAGCGCCUGUAGAGUGCGGUGGCCGUCCUCCCAGAGCAUAUGGGACUGGGAUGAUAACGAGAACAUGUUUGUGAAGCCUGAAUUCUUUCAGACCUUCCUGGACCGGAGUGGCUGGGGGCUCACAUCGGUCUUCAUCGACAAAUACCCACAGCUAAUGAAAGGGAUCAAUGUGGAGGAGCUUCGGUACGACAUUCCGUAG